AUGAAUCCGAAUUUAAAAAAAGAUUUAUCUCUUGUUGGACUAUUAAGAUUAAUAGAAAUAUGUUGCAGUUUUGAGGAGGAGUUGGACAAACUUAGGGUUAAGCUAAUUCAGUCACCAAGCUUCGACUUUGUAAGUUCUUAUCUUGCAAUAACAGUAGCAUAUGGAGAAAUAAAUAUGAUCAAUUUUAUUUCCUUCAUGAAGUCACAUGAUAAGCAUAUCUUACCACUAGAAAUAGAAUACUUUUUCAGACGUGUAGACUUGAACAGUGAUGGUAUUAUAGAUUUGAAAGAAUGGUAUAACUUUUUAUGUCCACUUGCCCACUUUUGGAUAGCAGACAAGAAUAGUUACACACCUUUUUCUGAUGAUAUACCAUACCUUGUUGCUAAAGAUGAAAAAUUAAUUUUUCAUAUAUGCAAACGAUUUAUCGAUUAUCAGUUGGUUCUUGAUACUCCCAGAAGACAGUUAUUAAACGAUCCAGACUUUGUAGUUAAAGAAUUAUUUGACAAAUUAGAUAUACAAAAUAAAUCAUUUUUUACUUUGGAUGAUCUUUCAGAGGUAAUAAAUUCCAAAAUUAAACCGAAUCCUUUACUUCUAUUAAGGAUAUUAGACAAAAAUAAGGAUGGGAAAGUCCAGUAUAUUGAGUUUAUGGACUUCCUGCUUCCAAAUUGUGACUCCGAUCAUAGUGACAGAUAUCUAUCUAAUAUUAGGAUAUAUGAAAAAGAGAUUUCUUUAGAUGAAAUUUCAAAAAAUAAUCAAUCUUUUUUUGAAGUUGAUGAUAAUUUUAUAUCAAAUAGCUCAUCUAGAAAUCACCUUCAUAUAUCGAAUUAUAAAGAGUCAUAUACAACAGAUAAAUUUACUCCGACAUUUGUAUAUACGGAUUUCUAUAGUAUUCCAAAAAAACCAAAGCCCACAAAGGUUCCUGAUUGUUUCCCAGAUAUGAUCAAGACUAACAGAUUCUGUAGAUACUUUCCUUCAUAUUACUAA